UUCAGUGUCUCAACCUCCUAACCAUCACCUCUCAGCUCUCCCAAUGGACUGGACCAGAGGCCGAACCAUAGGCCGUGGCUCGACCGCCACGGUCUCGACCGCAACUGCUCACGGGUCUGGUCGGGUUCUUGCCGUCAAGUCGGCCGAGCUCUCACAAUCAGAAUUCCUUAAAAGGGAACAGAGGAUUCUUUCUACGUUAAGCUGCCCUCAAAUUGUGGCAUACAGGGGAUGUGACAUUACAUGUGAAAAUGGUAAGCUUCUAUACAACAUUUUCAUGGAGUAUGCGCCACGUGGCACGCUUGUCGACGCAAUUCGCAGCCGUGGUGGUGGCUUAGAGGAGGCAGAAAUCAAGGCCUACACGCGCAACAUUGUGUUGGGGCUUGAGUACCUUCACUCUAAUGGUAUAGUGCAUUGUGACAUCAAGUGUCACAACGUUUUGGUCACUGGUGAUGGUGUGAAGAUUGCUGACUUGGGCUGCGCCAGGCGGAUUGAUGAUGAUGGUGUAACAAGUGAUGAUUUGGCAAUCGCCGGCACGCCGGUCUUCAUGGCACCGGAGGUGGCGCGUGGAGAGCAACAGGGGUUCCCUGCUGAUGUGUGGGCUAUGGGGUGCGCCGUGAUCGAGAUGGCUACAGGGAGAGCCCCGUGGACUGAUGCUUCCGGCCCGGUAUCGGCCCUUUACCGAAUUGGGUAUUCGGGUGAUGUGCCGGAGGCUCCCAGCUUCAUGUCAAAGCAGGCCAAGGAUUUCUUGGACAAGUGUUUGAAGAGAGACCCAGUAGAUAGGUGGUCAGCUAGAGAACUUCUCAAUCAUGCUUUUCUUGAAGAAGCUAAGGAACCCAAUUGCUUCGAUUCGGAUACUCCAACAACCGUAUUGGAUCAAGGCAUUUGGGACUCAAUAGAGGAGCCAGAGACAAUUCCGAGCCCGACCCAUAAAAGUUCUUCGGAUUCCCCCGGUGAAAGAAUCCGGCGGUUGGGUAGAAUCAGCACAACGUCGUCUCAAGGAAUGCCCAAUUGGGUAUUGGAUGAAGGUUGGAUAACAGUGAGAAGCAAUGGCAGCAAAGAGCCAGAGAUGUUCAAUUGCAGUCAGGAGAAGGAGUUGGUGUAUUCCAAUGAACCCACCAGCAGUGGGGCCGGGGCAUGUAAUCCUAGUAGUAGUUGUAAUUGUAGUUAUGUUAGCAGCAAUAGGAGCGUCUCAUUGAUGGCCUAUGAAUGCAAAAAGGAGGCUUUUAAAUGUAAGAAAGAUGAAUUAUGUGGGAACAUUGAUUUGAGAAUAAAAUGGACAGUUUUUCUGCAUUCCCAAUUAUUUUUUUCUUUCUUUCAUUACCAUAUGAUUCAUGAAUCCGAUCCAAUGCAAUAG